GUAUUCUUCUUCCGGGUCUCUCUCUUUCAUUUGACAUUUCGCUCGCUGGGUUCUUCACCGCUUUCAAGCUCUCCUCUGGGUCUUUCUUUGAAUCGUGAAAGGAAAUGGGAAGAGAGAAGAGCCCUGGUUUGAAGAUCCUCUGGGUAUGGACUAUCGGCACUGCUGCUAUAUUGGUGACAAGUGUUGUCCGCACAAGAAUGCAGGAUAUGCAAACAAUGAUGAACCAGAACCAGGAACAAGCACCAAAAGAAAACCAGAACGGAAGUGCAGGUGAUUCUUCCGUCUUAAUGGAUGAAACAGUUUUGCCUGAGUCGGAUCGAGAGAUUGCAGAAAAGCUUUAAAGAAAGAAGAGCCUGGUUCUAGUGUUGUCUUCCUUUUCUUCUCUUCCUUUUUCAGCUCUCCAUGAAGGUGAUGAAACAUGUUUUAAUGGUUUUGGUAAUAGUUUCCGAAUAUGAGUAGAUGAUGCUAGUCUCUAGAUGUGUCUAGGAAAAUAAAACUUGAAAAGUGAAUUGCUCAGGAAGCUUGAUGAGGAGUGUCUAGCAGUUUUUUCGUGUGUGAAUAUUUUCCCUUGCAAGGAUGAUAUAUGAUAAAGUUGCUAAGCGAAAUUUUCUUUUCUCUUCUUAUGUUCUAUGCUAAUCAAGGCUACCAAAAGGCAUCAACUUUAUUUAGUUCGGUCUGUGUUACAUAUGACUUAUAAUCAUUUUUUGGUGGUAAACAAACUUUUUUAAUUUGGUGGUAAACAAACUUUACAAUACUGAGACAUGAAUUUUAGGUCAAAAACUGAGUGAGAGAAUAGAUAUUUAAGAGUGCUUUGUUCUUAUCCACUAUAUAUUCAAAGUUCGAAAUUCCAUGAUCAAUGUAGAAAUGUUGAAUUCAAUUGAACCUGUAAAGCUGUAUCACUACAUUU